GCCCUGCUCCCCGCGCGCUUCCGAUGGCACUAGGACCCGGGGACGUCCCGGCGAGGCUCGCGGAAAGGCAGCCAGACUCCUCCUUAUCUCCAGUGUCAAACUUGACAUCAGCCUGCGCGCGGAGCAUGGUAACUUCCCCGGCAGUCGGUCGGAGGCUCCCGCUCACAUCGGUGGCACGCUUCCUGGAGACAUGCUCCUCUCGCGGCCCUCUGCCCCAGCAACAUGGAUUGUCACCGCGCGCUCCUCCUCCUGCUCGGCUGCUCUCUGCUCAGCUGCUUCGGGGAACUGACUCUGCAGCCUCCCAACGAAGUCAAUCUCUUGGAUUCCAAAACGAUUCAAGGGGAGCUGGGCUGGAUCUCUUACCCAUCGCAUGGGUGGGAAGAGAUCAGUGGUGUUGACGAACAUUACACGCCCAUCAGGACUUACCAGGUAUGCAAUGUCAUGGAUCACAGUCAGAAUAACUGGCUGAGGACAAACUGGGUCCCCAGGAACUCAGCCCAGAAGAUCUACGUGGAGCUCAAGUUCACGCUACGGGACUGCAACAGUAUUCCCCUGGUUUUGGGGACUUGCAAGGAGACUUUCAACUUGUACUACAUGGAAUCCGAUGAUGAUCACGGGGUCAAGUUCCGAGAGCAUCAGUUUACGAAGAUCGACACCAUCGCAGCUGAUGAAAGCUUCACUCAGAUGGAUCUUGGGGACCGCAUUCUGAAACUCAACACUGAGGUUAGAGAAGUAGGUCCCGUCAACAGAAAAGGUUUUUAUUUGGCUUUUCAAGACGUCGGAGCUUGUGUUGCCCUGGUUUCUGUAAGAGUGUACUUCAAGAAGUGCCCAUUUACAGUGAAGAAUCUAGCUACGUUUCCUGACACCGUGCCCGUGGACUCCCAGUCCCUGGUGGAGGUUAGAGGCUCUUGUGUCAACAAUUCCAAGGAGGAAGACCCUCCCAGGAUGUACUGCAGUACAGAGGGCGAAUGGCUCGUACCCAUUGGCAAGUGCUCCUGCGACGCUGGCUAUGAAGAAAGAGGGUUUGUGUGCCAAGCUUGUCGGCCGGGCUUCUAUAAGGCUGCGGACGGUAACGCGAAGUGUACUAAAUGCCCGCCUCACAGCUCUACGAACGAAGAAGGUUCAGUGCACUGCAGGUGUGAGAAUAAUUACUUCCGAGCUGACAAAGACCCUCCAUCCAUGGCUUGUACCCGACCUCCGUCAGCACCAAGAAAUGUUAUCUCUAAUAUAAAUGAGACCUCGGUUAUCCUGGACUGGAGCUGGCCCCUGGACACAGGAGGCAGGAAGGACAUUACCUUCAACAUCAUCUGUAAAAAGUGCGGGUGGAACGUGCCGCAGUGUGAGCCCUGCAGCCCACACGUCCGCUUCCUCCCUCGGCAGUUCGGACUCUCCAACACCACCGUGACCGUGACAGACCUCCUGGCACACACCAACUACACCUUUGAGAUCGACGCAAUUAACGGGGUGUCGGAGCUGAGCUCCCCACCAAGGCAGUUCGCUGCAGUCAGCAUCACAACUAAUCAGGCGGCUCCGUCACCUGUCAUGACAAUUAAGAAAGACCGGACCUCCAGAAGCACCAUCGCUCUAUCCUGGCAAGAGCCUGAACACCCUAAUGGGAUCAUUUUGGACUACGAGGUCAAAUAUUAUGAGAAGCAGGAACAAGAGACAAGUUACACCAUUCUGCGGGCACGAGGCACUAAUGUUACCAUCAGCAGCCUCAAGCCUGACACUACUUAUGUAUUCCAAAUCCGAGCCCGAACUGCAGCCGGAUACGGGACCAACAGCCGCAAGUUUGAGUUUGAAACAAGUCCUGAUUCAUUCUCCAUCUCUGGUGAAAAUAGCCAAGUGGUAGUGAUCGCCAUUGCGGCGGCAGUAGCAAUUAUCCUCCUCACUGUCAUUGUCUACGUGUUGACUGGGAGGUUCUGUGGCUAUAACAAGUCAAAACAUGGCGCAAAUGAAAAAAGACUUCACUUUGGGAAUGGACACUUGAAACUUCCAGGUCUCAGGACUUAUGUUGAUCCACAUACGUAUGAAGACCCAACGCAAGCUGUUCAUGAAUUCGCUAAGGAACUGGAUGCCACCAACAUAUCCAUUGACAAAGUCGUUGGAGCAGGUGAGUUUGGAGAGGUUUGCAGUGGACGUUUAAAACUUCCUUCAAAAAAAGAGAUUUCUGUGGCCAUCAAGACCCUGAAAGUGGGCUACACAGAAAAGCAAAGGAGAGACUUCUUGGGAGAAGCCAGCAUCAUGGGUCAGUUUGACCACCCUAACAUCAUUCGCCUAGAGGGAGUUGUUACUAAAAGUAAGCCAGUUAUGAUUGUCACAGAAUACAUGGAGAACGGUUCCUUGGACAGCUUUUUACGUAAACACGACGCCCAGUUUACCGUCAUCCAGCUUGUGGGGAUGCUCCGAGGAAUAGCGUCGGGAAUGAAGUAUCUGUCAGACAUGGGCUACGUGCACCGCGACCUCGCUGCCCGCAACAUCCUGAUCAACAGUAACCUGGUGUGCAAGGUUUCGGACUUCGGACUUUCACGAGUCCUAGAGGAUGAUCCAGAAGCGGCUUACACGACAAGAGGAGGGAAAAUCCCAAUUCGCUGGACAUCACCUGAAGCAAUAGCCUACCGCAAGUUUACAUCCGCCAGUGACGUUUGGAGUUACGGGAUUGUGCUCUGGGAGGUGAUGUCCUACGGAGAGAGGCCGUACUGGGAGAUGUCCAACCAGGACGUCAUUAAAGCUGUGGACGAGGGUUACCGCCUGCCGCCCCCCAUGGACUGCCCUGCUGCCUUGUACCAGCUCAUGCUAGACUGCUGGCAGAAAGACAGAAACACCAGACCUAAGUUCGAGCAGAUCGUCAGCAUCCUAGACAAGCUGAUCCGGAACCCCGGCAGCCUGAAGAUCAUCACUAGCGCAACAGCAAGGUGAC